CAUGGCAAAACUUCCCCAGACCUUGAAUUAUAGACCAGCAUCAUCUUGGAUGUUACACCUGCAGAGAGCCAGAGGCUCAGAGGGCUCAAUAAGGAUUUGUCUGGGUAGCGGAGCAACACCAUGUUUCUCUGCCUAGGUUCACAGACUUUUCACUGAGUUAUAUGCCUCUAAAUACUUCUUCAUCCAUUUGUAUUUUAUUUUAUGCAUAGAGCUGUAAGCGGAGAAUGCUUUCACUAGUCCUAUGGAUGGUAUGGGUCUCAUCCGUCUGCUUUCUACAAGGCAGGUAAGAAACAUAAUUGUCUUGCCUUUUGACGUAGUAAGUACUUAUUAUUGUUUUAUUAUAGCCUAUGCCUGUGGUUGUUUGAGUAAAACUAGGAGGAGACUAAGAAAAAUGAAUAUGUUGAUUCAAUGUGCAUUUAUAAUGUGUAAACUGAAGAAAUAGAGAUCUGCUACUUUUGAAGUGAGAGAAGUUGUUGAACCAUGGGGAAUAUACAAUGUUUUCCCAAUUAUAUGAAAAUCACUAAGGCUAAUUGCCUACAGAGAAAUAUAAUCAGUUGCCUCCUUGAAAGGUUCAUAUGUUCUACAAUAUAUUAUGUUGUUUAAAUGUGCCUAAAAAUAAUACAUAUAUAAUAUAUAUUUAAUUGAUUUUGAUUAGCAUUUUGUAAAAAUAAUGACCAAUAAAUGUAGGAUUUUUAUUUGGACUUUAUACUAAGAGGCGUAUGACGUAGUUAUCCCUCCAAAUUUUGCAGACUUUUACCGCGUAUUAAAUAUUUAUCCAUACAACAACUCUACAUUUAGCUUAACAAUUUGAUACGAUUCUGCUGUUAGUCUAAUGCAUUGGGACUAGACCGGAGAAGUCCUACACUUAACAAAGUAGGAUAAUAUAUGAAAGAAAACCGAUGAGAGAGGGAGAGAGUAGCUCAGUUGGUAGAGCAUAGCGCUUGCAACGCCAGGGUUGUGCGUUCGUUUCCCACGGGGGGCCAGUAUGAAAAAAGAAAAGAAAAAUGUAUGCACUCACAAACUGUAAGUCGCGCUGGAUAAGAGCGUCUGCUAAAUGACUUAACUGUAAAUGUGAUUUGGAACGUUGGGAAAGAGAUUAUUUUGUCCAGGGAUUAGAUAUACAUAGUCUACAUAAAGGAGAAAGCUACAUGACCUGUGUUUUCUAAAAUCAAUAUAAAUGAUCACACCCAGUCAAGUACCAUAUCUUAAUUGUAAUUAUAUGAAUAUUACAAUUUUAUUACAAAACAUAGUCACUACUUAACUGCUUGUGGCUCAUUACAAAGAAAUAGUAAUUACAAAGAGCAUAUAUCAUCCUAGCCAUUCUUAUUUCCGAAUUAUAUUUUCAGAGAAAUAUGUUUUUGCAGAAAAUCACUUGAGAUGCAGAGAAUGUAACUAUUCACCUUCAUGAAUCAAUUCCUCUCCCUCACAUCCCUUUAUUAUGACCAUCUGAAACAGUAGUUGCCCAUCAGUUCCAGAUAAUACCUCUCCUGACAUUCCUCUCACAGUUUCCUCCUACUCCUCAUCCCAUCUGGCAGGCCUGGGACCUGUAAGGAGAUGAAGCUACCUAGCAGGCUAGGGAAGGCCCCUUCCCCAUCUGACUUUCUGGAUAAACUCAUGGGAAGGACAUCUGGGUAUGACGCCCGCAUUAGACCCAACUUCAAAGGUAUAAUGCAAUACACUGUAGAGUAGAUUACACAAUACAACAAUACACAUACAGUUAUACACAUUAUGGUACAGUACAGUAAACCCUAAACAGGUGGGUGUAGUACAGUAGCUUUACAGAAUAAAUCUAAGAUACAAUAUUAUAUAAAUCUAAAAGAUUUCCACUUUCACAUUAUAAUUGUUAUUUGUUGUGAUACUUAAAGACAAAAUUACUCAGAGCAUUUGUUUUUGGUCAUUUUGCGUGCAUGUUAACCCACAGACCUAGGGCUCUAUUAAAUCCGCAUUGCAGAAGUUCAGCUUUACAGCGUGAUUGAAAUUUAAAGGCAAUAUUCCCGCUUUAGCGGAGACUGCAUUCACAGUAAACACUCCAUAUGUCGACUCGAUCAGAAAUUACCUUAAAAUGUAUGUCGCGGGAUCAGAUUAAAUAGAGCCCCUAGUUCAGUCUGUUUCUUCACAGCCAGCAAAGCCAGCAGAUUCCAUCUGACAUAGUUCCUCUUUAUUUCUCAAGGGUCAAAUCUCAUCAUAUAUAUUUUAUACUUGCUCCACAUCACUGAAAUAUGCCAGUGAAUGCCAUGCAAAGUAACUCCCUGCUGAUUGUCUAUAAAUAUACUAAUGUAACUUAAGUAGAAUCAAUAAAUUAUACCCUCUUAGGAAAUGAGAUUAUGAAAUAUUUAUGAUGUCAGUAGUUGAGGGAUGCAAUAUACUAAUGAGAGCAUAUUGGAAAUGACAACCAUUUUAUCCUGUCUGUUUGUGAUAACUCAGUCUAAUACAAGACAGCUUGCCACAUUAUAAACUGUGUAAACACAUCCGCCGCUGUGCAGUCAAUCAUCUCUAAAAUGAAAGGCCACCUCUUGCUCCCUACAUCCCUACUCAAAACCUGCUCAUCAAGCCUGCUUAUGUUUUUCACCACCCUGAUCAACAAGUCCCUGCUGACCGGAGAGGUACAGUACCAUCAAUCUUCAAAACAGCUGCAGUCACCCACUUACUGAAGAAACCCAACCGUGACCAGGACAUCCUAUCCAACUACACGUCCAUCUCCAACCUCCCCUUCGAAUCAAAAGUACUGGAGAAAGUGGUUGCAAACCAGCUUCAAUCACAUCUGUCAUCUAAUCAGUUGUAAAAGGUUUUCCAAUCUGGCUUCCGGCCCUUGCACAGCACCGAAACAGCUCUGGUUAAAGUUACCAAUGACCUGCUGAUGGCUGCUGAUUCUGGAUCUCCUAGCAUCCUCCUCCUCUUAGAUCUCAGUGCUGUUUUUGACUCUGUACACCACAUCAUCCUCCUGUGGUGUCUCAGAGAACACACUGCUGUCUCUGGAACAGCUCUGAACUGGUUCUCCUCCUACCUCUCCAAUAGGAAGCAAUACAUCGAUCUGGACUUUCUAAUAGUGGAGGAGUCCUCAGUCACAUGCAGCGACCCACAGCGGUUAGUGCUGGGGCCUGUCCUGUCUUUAAUUUACAUGCUCCCUCUCGGCCAGAUCCUAAGCUGCCUAGAGGACAUCAGGGCAUGGAUGAAAGAGAACUUCCUCCAGUUGAACAGUAAAAAGACUGAGGCUAUGCUUAUUGUGACACCCAAGCAGGUCACCAGUGCUGGAAACAUCUGCCCUGCAAUCAACGGCCAAGCCAGCCACCUGUCCUCUGUCAUCUCCAACCUAGGAGUCAAGUUUGAAGCUUCUUUGUCCUUCGAUGCCCACAUUAAACAAAUAUGUAAAACAUAAUUUUUCCAUCUUAAAAACAUUGCCUGGUCAUACCAUCACUCUCCCAGCCAGAUGCAUAGAAACUCAUCCACGCCUUCAUCUUCUCUCAGAUUGACUACGGCAAUGCGCUGUUUGGGGGCCUCCCAGCCAAAUCCCUACAGAGGCUCCAACUAAUCCAGAACAGUGCUGCCAGGGUCCUGACCAGGACCAAGAAGUCAGACCACAUCACCCCGAUCCUGGUCCAACUCCACUGACUACCGGUCAACUACAGGAUCAACUUCAAAAUGGUCAUGCUUGUAUUUAAAGCCCAGCGACCUCAUCUCAAUCAGCAAGCCACCUUGCACUCUCCGCUCCAGCCACUCCCUACUGCUUCAAGUCCCCAAGACACGUCUCCGAACUAUGGGGGACCGACCCUUCUGGUCCCUUGCUCCUCGCCUAUUGAAUGUUCUCCCUGACCAUCUGAGAGCCGCUCCAUCACUCAGAACCUUUAAAGCGGCCUUAAAACCCACUUCUACAGACUGUCUUUUUCAUAGUCCUAGUCCCAAUCUAAAAUGUAUUUAGCACCCAGCCCACUAUUGCUAUUUUACCUGCCUUGAUUCUAAAUGUGUUGUUUUUAUUGUAUAUAUACAGUAUGAAAAAAAGUAUCAGUAGAGCUUUGAGACAACUCUGUAAUGAAAAGUGCUAUACAAACGUAUUAGUAUUAUUAUUAUUAUUAUACUGAACAAAAAUAUAAACGCAACAUGCACCAAUUUCAACAAUUUUACGGAGUUACAGUUCAUAUAAGGAAAUCAGUCAAUUGAAAUAAAUUCAUUAGGCCCUAAUCUAUGGAUUUCACAUGACUGGGCAGGGUCACAGCCAUGGGUGGGCCUGGGAGGGCAUAGACCCACUCACUGGGGAGCCAGGCCCAGCCAAUCAGAAUGAGUUUUCCCCACAAAAGGGCUUUAUUACAGACAGUAAUACUCCUCAGUUUCAUCAGCUGUCCGGGUGGCUGGUCUCAGAUUAUCCUGCAGCUGAAGAAGCCAGAUGUGGAGGGCUGGCGUGGUUACACGUGGUCUGCGGUUGUGAGGCCGGUUGGACGUACUGCCAAAUUCUCUAAAACGACGUUGGAGGCGGCUUAUGGUAGAGAAAUGAACAUUCAAUUCUCUGGCAACAGCUCUGGUGGACAUUCCUACAGUCAGCAUGCCAAUUGCACGCUCCCUUAAAACUUGAGAUCUGUGGCAUUGUGUUGUGUGACAAAACUGCACAUUUUAGAGUGGCCUUUUAUUGUCCCCAGCACAAGGUGCACCUGUGUAAUGAGCAUGCUGUUUAAUCAGCUUCUUGAUAUGCCACACCUGUCAUGUGGAUGGAUUAUAUUGGCAAAGGAGAAAUGCUCACUAACAGGGAUGUAAACAAAUUUGUGCACAGAAUUUGAGAGAAAUAAGCUUUUUGUGCAUAUGGAAAAUGUCUGGGAUCUUUUAUUUCAGCUCAUAAAACAUGGGACCAACACUUUACAUGUUGCGUUUAUAUUUUUGUUCAGUAUAUACAGUAAGAGAGUUCUUAUUCCAUUGUGCGCUGGAAGACAAUACUAUCCCCUGUCAUUAAAUAGACCUGACAAUGUUUUCAGAUCCAUUUAUAUUUGCCACAGAUGCUCUGCCACAGAUCUUUUCCUUUAAAUAUUAAUAAACAUGGAUGAAUGAUGGAUGAACAUGUACUGUAUGAGUAAUGCAUUUUACUGUACAUGCUAAGCAAAUAAAUAAUUGUCUGUAUCAGAAAACAGCAUAGUGAAACACAUUGAAAUUAUGAUACAGUAUAUAUGAGUAGCUGCGUUUCUCAUGGACUAUUUUGCAGGUCCUCCUGUGAAUGUCACCAUCAACCUGUUCAUCAACAGCUUUGGGUCCAUCACAGAAACCACUAUGGUGAGGGAUUUUUAUACUCAUCCACCUUUCCUCCAAACAGGGUCUGUUCACUCCCUUUAAUAGACUGUCUCGUUUAUACUAUAACUACCAUAGGACUAUCGGCUCAAUGUGUUUCUACGGCAACAAUGGAACGACCCACGACUAGCCUAUAAGGAGUACCCUGAUGACUCUCUGGAUCUGGAUCCUUCCAUGUUGGACUCCAUCUGGAAACCUGACCUUUUCUUUGCCAAUGAAAAAGGGGCAAACUUUCACGAAGUCACCACAGACAACAAACUGCUGCGGAUAUUCCAAAAUGGGAAUGUCCUCUACAGUAUCAGGUGACCAGUGUCUCUAAAACAGUAGUGUCUCCUCAUAAUUAUAUAUAAGAGUACAAUUGUAUUAUUUAUAACGUGAUCAGUAACAAUAAUUAUCAACAUUCAAUUUGAAGCCACAGGUAAUGUUAGUGUACAAAACUCCCCGUACCUGUCUUCUGUUCACCCUCUCACUACAUGCUUCUGGUUCUGUGAGCCAGGUUAACGCUGAUUCUGUCCUGCCCCAUGGAUCUGAUGAACUUCCCUAUGGACAUUCAGACGUGCUCUAUGCAGCUGGAAAGCUGUGAGUUUUAUUUUCUCUAUUUUUUAUCCAUUCUUUGCACUCGGCUAGUUUCACUCCCUGGUGCCUCUUUUUCCCCUUUCUCUACACUUGACUAGACAGGCUUUGAUGUUGACAACUUUAUAAGUAAACUUGUCUCUCCCUCUGUAGUGGGCUAGAUCAUGAAUAAAAGAAACCCAUGUUCUCCCUUCUCCUCUGUGCUCUAGUUGGCUACACCAUGAAUGACCUGUGUUUCCAGUGGCUGGACAUUGGCCCUGUGCAGGUGGCUGAUGACCUGAUGCUUCCUCAGUUUGUGUUGAAAGAGGAGAAAGACUUAGGCUACUGCACCAAGCACUACAACACAGGUAGAUUCUGGACUCUCAAUGGUAUGUUAUUGCCACAGUUUGCUUAAUGACAAUGUCUUCAUCUCUAACCAUCUGGCAUCUGCUGGCAGGUAAAUUUGCCUGCAUCGAGGUAAAGUUCCACCUGGAGAGACAGAUGGGUUACUACCUGAUCCAGAUGUACAUCCCCAGCCUUCUCACCGUCAUCCUCUCCUGGGUCUCCUUCUGGAUCAACAUGGACGCCGCCCCAGCUAGAGUGGGCCUUGGUAUCACCACAGUGCUCACCAUGACAACACAAAGCUCUGGGUCCAGGGCAUCCUUGCCUAAGGUAAGAGAGGAAAUGUUUUAUAUUUUGCUCAGGUGUUCUAGCUGGACAACCUACAUACAUUAAAUCAAAAUUGAUUUCAAAAGAUGCUUUAAUUCAGAAAAUGCCAGUUACCAGUUUUAUACUUAAUACCUAAUCAUUGCACGUUAUUUCAGUGGUGGAAAACAUCAUGCUGUUUAUCUGCAUGUUGAAGUUCUAACCCUUAUUAAUUUUUUUGUGGGUUGUGUAGGUGUCUUAUGUGAAGGCCAUUGAUAUCUGGAUGGCUGUGUGUCUUCUUUUUGUGUUCGCUGCACUGCUGGAGUAUGCAGCAGUAAACUUUGUCUCACGACAGCACAAAGAGUUCUUCAGACUGAGGAAAAAGAUCAAAGAACAACAGCGGCAGAGAACUGUGAGUCCAAGCCCCUGUGCAGCCCACCCCUCAGGCUGCUGUCACCUGCUAUUCCCUCUAUGCCCCGUUAUGCAGCAGUUAUACAGUUCAGCUGGCUGUUGUAUCUCAUGCUGGGAGAUCCACAGACCUGUUCUAAAUUCAAGUCAUUUUCUUCCUUCUUCUGGGUAUAAUUGCUCUACUCAACAGCUUGGCUUGCCGUUUCACUUUGGAUCUCAAAAUAAUAAGUAACCCAAAAGAAAGUGAUCAAAAAAAUUAUAAAAAAUGAUCUGGAAUUAACUGAAUUGUGGUAGUAGUUUGUCUGUAGCUCCACAGUUAGCCUUCCACUAUAUUAUGAAACAUCCCAAUACUUUUCCCUGACACCUGCAUCUAGAUCAGUUUCAGGGACCGGGUAGCCUACUUUCUUUUUACCUAAGUCUCAUCUUAUUUUUAGAUCUUUACACAUUCAGUUGGUAUUUCUCAGACUCUGUUUACAUAAUAAUGUACUUGAAUGUCUACAGUAAUGUGUCACUGCAUGUUGUUUAGAUUGAAUCACAGUAUUCCCGUAUGCCUGCUAAACCUCCAUGUUGCUCUGGCUCUAUCAGCAGGGAAGUGGUGAUAGCAGCAAAGUGAAAGGUAACAGCGUGCCAGGCAACAACGCCUGCCAGGGGACCUUGUCUGGCCCUCAGCAGUGCAGUGUCUGUGCCAGGGUAAAAACUCCUACUCUUCUCACGCUGACUGGAGUCUAGUUUAAUGGGGGGUAUUCCACUGUUUGUUCACUUAGAAAAACAAAAUGGUAGAUCUCACUGAGUGAUAAGGUGUUGUCAUCGCUAUCUGUUGUGUAAUCUCUCUCAUGUGAAAUGUAUUCAUCACAAAAUCCAAGUCCUUUUUGACUUUGCCACACUUGAAUAAUCAUAAUACUGUAUGUGGCAAGUAAUGUGGAGAAAAUGUUGCAGGUUAUGAGGGUGACAGACAUUUUACCCUUUUCCUUUUGUUCUUUCCUAGGAGGAGCAGGAGCUGGCAGAGCAGAGCCAGGCCUAUUUUCUCCAUAGUUAUGGAGUAGCAGAAGAUGCACCACCAGAGAUGGAUGCCCCAAUCUUUCAGGCCUUACCUCCUGGGUUUCCACUGUAUGACAUCCGCAGGCGGUUUGUAGAUCGGGCAAAAAGGAUUGACACUAUAUCCAGGGCUGUGUUCCCGCUGAGUUUCCUCUGCUUCAAUGUUUUCUAUUGGCUUACCUACAAAGUGCUGCGGAAUGAAGCCAUCCGAGCUACUCUG